UUUAAAGUCUAUGGAUAUCCUCUCAGUGAAAGUGAGAUUAUAGCGGUCUGUCAAUCACCUCCAAAUGAUUCGCAACGUGAACGUGGAUUGUACAUACAGCCUCUUCAGAAGCAGUCAGCUGAAUCACUACGCAUGAAAAAGAAGACAAACAGGGCAAGUAUGAUGAGUGUCAUGUCAGGUUUGGGAGCUGUACCAGAACAUGAUGAAAAGCCACUUUACGAGUCAGCCGCUCAGCUACCAUCCGUCAAUCAAGCUGAUAGAGUAGCAAAUCCACGAGGUAGAUUACAGAAUUUCCAUGGUCAGCGUCCACCAUCUGAACUUAUCUCUACCCACCUUGCUGAUUUCUUCCCAACUGCGGAUAUAAAGAGUAUAAACAAAACUGCUAGGAAUUCA